AUGAAACUCCAUAAAAAUGUUUUUCCCAUUUUUUUACAAAUUUUAUUUUCUAAACCAAUAUUUUGUGUGCUCAUUGACAGUGACUAUUUUGUCAGUGAGGAUACGGUAGCUGAGAAUUUGAUAAAACGAAAAAAUAAUUGCACUCGACAACCGGCGGUGAUUGAUCAGUUGCUCAGUGGAACCGGAUAUAAUAAAUUGAAAUUACCAAAUGAAGAUGGGAUUACUGUACAGGUGGAAUUUUGGAUUCAUGCAAUCACAUCGAUUAAUGAAAUCACGAAUGAUUUUGAGAUGGAUAUGUACAUAAACGAAAUGUGGCUGGAUCCAGAGCUCAAAUUCGAUCAUUUAAACCCCUGUAAGCAGAAUGUGUCUGUUAGUUAUGAGAGAGUCCGUGUGAAAGGUCCUUGCGAUUUAUCAUUCGAACUAUUCCCUUUGGACAUCCAAGAAUGCCAUUUGAUUUACGAGAGUUUCAAUUACAACAAUUUGGAAGUGAAAAUGCGAUGGAAUGAAAAAACGCAGAACCCCGUUUAUACAACUGCAAAAAUAAGACUGCCGGAUUUUGAAUUGAUUAAAAUUGAAACUACAAGAGUUGUUGCACCGUAUGCAGCUGGAAUGUGGGAUGAGCUACAUGCGAAAUUUGUAUUUGAACGAAGAUUUAUUUGGUAUUUUAUGCAGGCGUUUUUACCGACCUAUCCCGCGAUUUUCAUUAGCUGGAUAUCCUUCUCCCUUGGAACCCAAGCAAUGCCUGCUCGUACCAUGUUAGGUGUCAAUGCACUUCUGGCUUUAAUUUUCCAAUUCGGAAAUAUAAUGAAAAAUCUGCCACGUGUCUCCUAUGUGAAAGCCAUUGAUGUCUGGAUGCUGGUCUCCAUGACAUUUAUUUUUUGCUCUCUUUUGGAAUUGGCAAUCGUUGGAUACAAAACCAAAAAUGAGGAGAAAAACGAGAAAAAACGAAAAAAUAGGAAAUUGGGCAAAAAUUUGGAGCUGAAUUUGGAAGAUUCUCCAAUUGGAUUCGGACAAAAGUUUGAGAAACGAAUCAUGCUCCUUCCAGAAAAUCGAAGAUACGGAAAAUUUGAGAAACUGAAUUUCCAGACAAUUUUUAAAAAUGUCUGGAAUUGGAGUCCCGAGAAAAUUGAUCGAAUCUCGACGAUUUUGUUUCCGGCUUGUUUUGCGAUUUUUAAUAUAACUUAUUGGUCGUAUUACUACAACAAAAAACUGGAAAAGGCUGCUGCGUUCAAAUUGGAUGGAGCUAAUUCUUAA